CGGCCAUUUAAUGAUAACAGUAUACGGGCUCCGUUUGCGACAUGUCGGUGAAUUAUGCGGCUGGUCUAUCUCCGUAUGCCGAUAAGGGUUGUUGUGGGCUCCCGGAGGAAUUCGAUCCCCCUGACGAACUGCGUCGGAAGGUAGAGGAACUAGCUAAAAUGAUUCGUGAGUCUUCGUACGUGGUGUUUCACACGGGAGCCGGGAUCAGUACUUCCUGCGGAAUCCCAGACUUCAGGGGACCUAAUGGAGUGUGGACUCUGGAGGAGAAAGGGUUGGACCCAAAGUUUGACAGCACUUUUGAAAGCGCAUGUCCUUCCCCUACUCACAUGGCGCUGCUUCAGCUGCAGAGAGUCGGCGUCCUUAAAUUUCUCAUUAGCCAAAACGUAGAUGGCCUGCACGUAAGAUCUGGCUUCCCCCGAGAGCAGCUGGCAGAACUACAUGGAAACAUGUUCGUGGAGAAAUGUAGCAAAUGUGGCAAACAGUAUGUGCGGGAUCAAGUUGUGGGAACCAUGGGGCUCAAACCUACAGGGAGACACUGUGAUGUGCCAAAGGUGCGAGGCCUGCGAGCUUGUAGCGGUAAACUGAAAGACACCAUUCUGGAUUGGGAGGACUCACUGCCUGACACAGACCUGAAUCUUGCUAAUGAAGCCUGCAGAAAAGCAGACCUGUCCAUUACUUUGGGGACCUCACUCCAGAUCAGACCCAGUGGGAACCUUCCACUCCUCACCAAGCGCAAGGGAGGGAAACUAGUUAUUGUAAACCUUCAGCCCACCAAGCAUGACAAACAUGCAGAUUUGAGAAUACAUGGUUAUGUGGAUGAGGUGAUGACGCAGCUUGUGGAGCUUCUGAAUGAGAAGAUACCGGUUUGGACUGGGAUACAAACUAAAACCGAGUCAAGUUACAGGAACCAUAAGGUGGAAGAUAACUCCUACAAUAAUUCAGUAGUGGAUUCUAAAUUAAACCAAAAGAGGGACAGAUGCAAGGAAGAACCUAACCUUGAGCCAAAGAAGGCAAAAGUUGAGCCAGCAUGUGUAUGAAACUGGUCUCCCUACUUAAAGGGGACCCAUCACCCAAAAGAAUUAUUCCAAAUCCUAUUUUAUCACAUUAGUCAAGCAAAAUGAACUUUAGUCACACUGUAUAAAUUAUUUGAAUCUUGUUUCCAUCAGUCUGGGAAUUUAUAAUUCUAGCGAGCAGGAAGGAACCAUUUUGUGGAUACCGCCAAGACGAACUUUGCAUCUUCUCAGAAUCUUGUUUGUGCACGAGAAUGGGGAACUCAAUGUCCGUCCCCAUGCACUAGUUACACAAUUAAAUGGUUAAGAGAACUGGGGGAAUGUAGGGAGAGCAGUGACAUCUAGUAAGUGCUGAAUGGAAAGUGAAAGUAAUUGCUUGCCCCGCCUCUAUACCUAAGGCAUAGAGGAGGGGCAGGCAAUAUUUGAUUGACAGCUGAUAUUUUUAAAUGCGUUUACAACAGCUAUAAACACUUUAAUAAAAAAAAAAGAAAUUGGAUUUCAUAUUUAAUUUGAAAAGGACUUUUAUUAUACAGCUUUUUAUGUCUGGGUGACAGGUCCACUUUAAAAAAGGUGCUAUUUUCCUUAAAUUGGCUCUUAAUUUUGUUUUAUGGACAUAAGGAUACCCAUAUAUGGAUAUGUAUGAGCCAAGCUUGCUAUUUUAUAAAAUGCUACACACCGUGAUGUAUUUGCUUGACAUGUCUUCUUGAAUGAGGCAGAAACACACAGUUUCCACAGAACAUUCAUUUGUAAGAGAUGUGCCUCUCAGCCUGGCUAAAGUGGAAAUUAAUUUUUCUGCAGACAGGAUGUAUAUCUAACAAUGCACUUGAUACUGUACAUUCCAUUUUUUUUUAUAAAAAAAAAAAAAAAAGUUUACAAAAUUGACGGCUAUUUCUUUCAACAGAAAUAAAAUAUAACUUCAAUAUA